AUGGCAAAUGCAACGCCGUCUGGAAGCGCCACUUCAUCUUCGAUCGAUGGUGACAAUUUCACUUAUCGACUUAUUGAAGCCGUUAAAAGCCAACCGUGUUUAUAUAAUCCAACUCAUGAGCAUUAUGGCAGUAAACAGGCUAAUGUACAGUAUCGUGCUCGUGUUUGGCAAAAAAUAUGUGCUGAUCUUGGUUACAAUGAUGAAUCCCACACUUUACAAUCUUUAUGGAAAAAAGUUAGAGAUCGUUAUGUUCGAGAAAGGAAAAAGCGGAGAAGUUCGAACUUGAACGAUCCCGGAACACAGCAGGAAAAUGCUGGCGGUCGUGAAAGGCAUCCUUCAGGGAGUUCAUCUUGUUCAACGUCCAGUGGCCAGAUUGGAUCUCCUGCUCUCCGUCAAUUUGAAAUGAUGAGGUGGAUCGAUCCAUUUUUAGGAGAUGCAACCUCUAACAACAAGAAUGUUGCAAAUCAUAAUGUCGCCUCUGAAAGUUCUCCUACUUUGCCUCAAACUGCUCAGUCUACUUCUACAAACCCUUCUUCUCAGCCUUUACAAAGUCAAAAUGGUGAUACGAAUACUAUUGUUGUAACUUCUGUUAGCGGUAAUGAGUCAUAUUAUGUGGCAAAUGUUACGGUGUCACAACAGCAAGACCCUCAAGGUGUUAGUAUUCCAGUUGACGGUAAUAUGAGCAGCAGUUUCUCUCCCAAUGCUCAGCAGUCCCAGCAAUCAGUUCCUGUGCAGCAAGUAGCACCUUUACAAUCUCAGCAUGAUUAUGCAGCACCAGCAAGGUCUAACGUCACUAAUGCUAAUACUGCUACUUCGAAGACUGCUGCUGGUCCGUCUUCUGCUGCGGGUUUGACUUUUGUCCAGUCGCAAGCGCCUCCCCAGCAGUUUAUUUUCCCAAAGAGUGAGCCUCAGCCAGGUGUUGGGCAGUCUGUCCAAACAGCAGAUGGUAGUAUUGUUACAGUAACGGCUAGGGGAACAGCGCCAAUGGUUGGUUACGUUAAGAAAGAUGUGUCUACCAAAAGUGAUGGUUGUACUACCAACAGUAACACUUGGCUGAUUGACCCGACCAGCAUAUACCAACAUGGAACUCAGAAAAUGUACCGGCUGGUAAAUUUGGCGGAGGUUAGUGAUGGUACAAUAAUGUCUUCGGGAUUAGGGCCGUCUACCAGUGAGGUGAAGAUUGGUAGCCCAACGCGUAAAAAAAUGAGAGUGACGCUUAACACGCAAGGCCUGCCCAAUGGACGUGGACAAAUUGGUGACGAUCUCAUCAUUGAUGACGGGAUUGCUCCAAAAACGGUCACUAUUGAACAAACAACGUCACCACCUUUGAUAGACGAUGGACUAUUGCACGAUCAUAAUACUCUUAGUGUUGGAGGCGGUAGUGUCAUGCUCAGCCACCAUAACGUCCAACAGGUGCAUCAUCAGCAACACGCAACCACUUCACAACAACAAUCGUCCAACACGCAUCAUGUUCCUGUGGCUCAGCUCAUGGUUCAGCAUGGCACACAAAUCAAUGUGGUUAGUACAAGGCAACAAUCGAGUGGAGGACAGCGAUUUAUCCAGCAACCGGUUACGGUGCAGCCGCAAAUGCAGUACACUGUUUUGACUAGUCAGCCUCUUCCACCUCAACAAGACGAAGAAAUCGAAUUUACAAACUCAAUUGCUGCUCAUCUUUCUCGGUUGAACGAGGAUGAAAAAGCAGUAGCAAAGAUGAAUAUUCAGCGGAUACUGAUGGAUGCGAGGUUUGGUAUUGGGGCGUGUGCUAGAAUGAUACAUGAAGAAGAAUUUAACGAAGCAGCUGUAACAACUGCUGUCCCACAUGAGCUAGCCUCUGCGCAGCAACAUGUUGAUAAUACUUCACGACGGAGCUUGGAAUUUUCUUUAGUAAGAAUUUUCAUGAGCAACAGCUUAAUAGUCACUGUCUGGGCAUAUUUUUAUGUGGUUUGGUUACUAGUUCUCUUUUUGUAUAGCUCGAUCUCAACUCCUUACGGUUAUUUAAGUCAGGGAGCAAAGGUUGAAUUUCUGAGAGUGGAAUUUGCUGUAUAUGAGGAUGUGUUCAAGGGGGGAGAGUGUAUUACGGCAGAGUCCGUACGGGUCUGCUGGAUGACGCUGCUGAGCACGGGAGUUCGUCGAAUGCAAAAAGAUAGCGCGGCACAACCACUUAUCAGCUGUCCCGGGCGACUUGCGCUAUGGGAAGCAAAGGCGCGCAUACCAAGGAUGUGGGCCUGUGGUUAA